UUAAUUAUAAAAAUAACCCCAAAAAGAAAUCAAAGGCUCUGGAUUCAACCCUCAGCUCUGAGCUCAAAGCUCUAUCUAAAAAAGAACACAUCUUUCCUUCCUUCACCUAGCGAUAACAACUAUCUCUAUCUCUCUCUUCCAAAUUCUAACUUUUCAUAAUUCUUCUUUCUGCUUCUUGUUCGACACCAACACCCCGAGAGACGCGGGGAUUCCAAUUCAACGCUCCUCUGUAUUUUUUUCCCAUUUCUUUCAGUUAAUAUACUUUUCCCUUUAAAGUUGUUUUAUUUCUCUCUCUUUUCUUUUUUUUCCAUUUUUAGUGUCUUUUGUUCUCACGAGCGAGAGAGAGAGAGAGAGAUCAUCUGUUCUUGCCUUCUUCUUUGAAUCUGGAAAUUUCGAUAAUCUUUUUUUUCUGUAAACAAAAGAAGCUGUAAUCUUUUUUUUGACUGCGUGUGUGUGCGCGUAGGGGAGAGAAGAUUAGGUGUUUCAAAAGAGAGGUGAUAACGUUUGCAGAACGUGACAAACAAUUAUAAUAUUGAAAGCAGCAGCAUCAGCCUAGAAACCCUUUUUAAAAAAUUUAAUUGACGGUGUCCAUGUUUCCGUGUUCGUCCUUGGUCUGAAUUUGACGGAACCCAAAUAAAAAAAAAAAAAAAAUCUGAACUUUCAGACAAUAUUGUAAAAAAAGGAAUCGAAUUUGGUCCGGAGGAUGUUUGGGAUCCAAAGCAGACGUGAUUUGACAAUGGAACUCCAAUCUCAGAUUCCGAUUCUCCGUCCUAGCAUCCACGCCAGACGAGCCAACAUCGUCGUCAAGUUCCAGGAUUUGUACGGCUUCACCGUCGAAGGAAAUGUCGACGACGUCAACGUUUUGAACGAGGUCAGGGAGAAAGUGAGGAACCAAGGACGUGUUUGGUGGGCUCUUGAAGCUAGCAAAGGUGCUAAUUGGUACCUUCAGCCUGAGAUUCUCUUGAUCGGCGACGGCAUCGCUUUGAAAACGUCUCUCAAGAUCUCUACUUUGACGAAUGCGAUUACUUUGAAGAGGUUGAUUAGGAAAGGGAUCCCUCCUGUGCUGAGGCCUAAGGUUUGGUUUUCUCUUUCUGGUGCUGCUAAGAAGAAGUCCACCGUCCCUGAUAGUUAUUAUAGUGAUUUGACUAAGGCCGUCGAUGGCAAGGUCACCCCUGCCACCAGGCAGAUUGAUCAUGAUCUGCCAAGGACUUUUCCAGGACAUCCAUGGUUGGAUACUCCAGAGGGUCAUGCUGCUCUAAGACGUGUGCUUGUUGGCUAUUCCUUUCGCGAUUCUGAUGUUGGCUAUUGUCAGGGACUAAACUAUGUUGCAGCAUUACUAUUACUUGUCAUGAAGACAGAAGAAGACGCAUUCUGGAUGCUAGCUGUCCUUUUGGAAAACGUAUUAGUUCGUGACUGCUACACAACAAACUUGUCUGGAUGCCAUGUUGAGCAGCGGGUUUUCAAAGAUCUGCUUGCUCAAAAAUGUCCUCGAAUAGCUAGUCAUCUUGAAGAUAUGGGCUUUGAUGUUUCCCUCGUAGCCACCGAAUGGUUUCUAUGCCUCUUCUCUAAAAGCCUUCCUUCAGAGACAACUCUAAGGGUGUGGGAUGUACUUUUCUAUGAAGGAGCAAAGGUUCUAUUCCAUGCAGCUUUAGCAAUAUUCAAGAUGAAAGAGAACGAGCUUCUUAUGACCCACCAGGUCGGUGAUGUAAUCAACAUAUUACAGACAACUUCACAUCAGCUUUUUGACCCGGAUGAAUUAUUAACGGUGGCAUUUGAGAAAAUUGGAUCGAUGACUACCAACACCAUAUCAAAGCAGAGGAAGAAGCAGGAACCAGCAGUGCUGGCAGAACUUGACCAGAGACUUAGGAGGCUCAACUCUCUUAAAGAAAGUGGUAAGAGCACAUAAAUAAAAGAACUGUUGGGAGAAGAUGAGCCAAAAGGUGUAAACGAGGGAGUCCCCAACAAUGGUUUAUUUACUACCCCUCUUGAUGGUUUCUCUCUUUUUCUUUCUCUAAGUAUAUAUAAAUAGGAUUUUUAUUUUUAUUUUUUUUCGAGAGCAAAACAUAACCAAGAUCCAUUUCUGAGAUGGUAAAAAUGUCAAGUUUCUUCACAUUCCAAGAGGUGUUACUUUGCCCUCUUGCUUUUAUUUACCCCUCUUUGACAUAAUCAAUUGUGAUCUUCAUGUUUUAAUAUGAUCCAUGUUUGGUUUGUA